AGAAGCGAUCUCUAGCCCAGGCUUACCCGACCGCCUGCUUUCCCCGAUGAAUGGCACCAUGGCGGCAUCGUCCAGCAGAGUCACACUGGGGCCUCUGGUAGCGGCCAUCGACCAGGGCACAAGCUCCACUCGCUUCCUGGUCUUUAAUGCUAAAACAGCAGAGCUUCUCAGUCACCAUCAAGUUGAGAUUCAACAAAGUUUCCCUAAGGAGGGAUGGGUGGAAGAAGACCCAAAAGAAAUUUUGCAGUCUGUUUAUGAGUGCAUGGAUCGAACCUGUGAGAAGCUUACCCAGCUCAACAUUGAUAUCUCCAACAUCAAAGCCAUUGGUGUGACCAAUCAACGAGAAACCACCUUGGUCUGGGACAAGGAAACUGGCGAGCCGCUUUACAAUGCAAUUGUGUGGCUGGACUUGCGCACACAGUCUACUGUGGAGAGAUUAAUCAGCAAAACACCGGGCAGAAACAAGAACCACCUGAAGCAUAAGACAGGGCUUCCUAUCAGCACAUACUUCAGUGCCGUGAAGCUCAGCUGGCUAAUGGACAACGUGGAUGAGGUCCGCAAGGCUGUACUUUCACACACGGCCAUGUUCGGUACCAUUGACUCCUGGCUUAUAUGGUGCCUAACAGGAGGAAAGAAAGGUGGGGUCCAUGUCACAGAUGUGACCAAUGCCAGCAGGACCAUGCUGUUUAACAUUUACACUAUGGACUGGGACCCAGAUCUCUGCAACUAUUUUGGUAUACCAAUGGAAAUUCUGCCCAAAGUGCGGAGUUCAUCUGAGAUCUACGGUUUAAUGAAAUCUGGUGCACUUACUGGUGUUCCUAUAUCAGGGUGUCUAGGGGACCAGUCUGCUGCUCUUGUGGGACAGAUGUGCUUUCAAGACGGCCAGGCUAAAAACACUUACGGCACCGGUUGCUUCCUGCUCAGGAACACAGGAAACAAGCCAGUUAUGUCUGAUCAUGGCCUCUUAACCACAGUAGCAUAUAAACUGGGUCGAGACAAGCCAGCCUGCUAUGCUUUAGAGGGAUCAGUUGCCAUAGCGGGGGCAGUGGUGCGCUGGUUGAAGGAUAAUCUUGGGAUUAUCCACAGCUCUGAAGAGCUAGAGAAACUGGCUGCUGGUGUUGGCACGUCUUAUGGCUGCUACUUUGUCCCUGCUUUUUCAGGGCUGUACGCACCCUACUGGGAACCGAGCGCCCGAGGAAUCAUCUGUGGUUUGACUCAGUUCACAAACAAGAGUCACUUGGCGUUUGCUGCUUUGGAAGCAGUUUGCUUUCAGACCCGAGAGAUCCUGGAUGCUAUGAACCAGGACAGUGGAAUUCCUCUGAGUCAGCUACAGGUGGACGGAGGGAUGACCUCUAACCGACUCCUCAUGCAGCUCCAAGCUGAUAUCCUCUGCAUUCCAGUAGUGAAGCCAUCCAUGCCGGAGACUACUGCUCUGGGAGCGGCUAUGGCAGCAGGAGCAGCAGAGGGCGUUAGCGUUUGGAGUCUGAACCCUGAAGACCUCAGCGAGGUCACAUCGGAGAAAUUUGAACCUCAGAUCAACCCAGAGGAGAGUGAGUUCCGUUAUGCUCGCUGGAAGAAGGCUGUCCAAAGAGCCAUGAACUGGGAGACCACAGAGCCAGUCAGCAUAGUAAAUGAGGAAUCUAGUUUCUUCAGUAGUGUUCCCCUGGGCUUUUACAUUCUGGGUAGCAUGCUAAUGUUAAUUGGAGCAAAAUAUAUUACAGGUCACAAGUAGACUUCCUGAAUGCACUUCAGUGUUGGAGGGUGAUGGAAGACAUUAAGGUUCCUGGUACGUCCUUCAGCUGCGUCGAUGGUGCAGUGUCUUGUCACUCUGUCAUGAAGUUCCACUGGCAGUCAUGGACAUUCCAGCUGUUGCUACUAAGCUCUUGAUCUCACUUUGUUGGAAAUAUCUGUCAACAGAAACCUCAGAAGGCUACAGAACAUGAAGUUGCCAUAUUUGGCAAGUUGGGUACCUAUAAUGAAUUGCCAUUGUCUUUUGCACAGUCCACCAGUGUACAUGCGAGGAAAUAUUUGGCAGCUUCAUCUGAACAAAAUGAUUUUUUUGCUUCCUUUCUUUGUUGCCAUAAUUUAUAAACUGUGUGAUCGGGCGACUGUAUUGUUGUUCAUCCAGAAAUAUCUGGCAACCCAUAUUGUUAUACGCACACACUGAUUAGCCAAAUCAUUAGGACAGCUAGACUAAUAUGUUGCCAAAACAGCUUUGAGAAAUGGUCACCUGAAGUCCCUGUGGUAUCUGGUACUAGGACAGAAGGUCCAUUAAUUUUUGUCUGUGUAAAGUGGCACAUCUUGCAGUCCAUCCUGAUUCUUAUUUUGUACCAUUUUCUUCACCGCUCACCUUUGUCAGGGUCACGCUGGAUUCAGUUUCACCAAGAAACACUGUGGCUAUACCAGGAAUACCCUGGACAGGGCACCGAUUCAUUGCAGGGCUUGGGGAUCCACCACCCUCAGACAUAGCCAUUCAUGUCUGUAUAGGGUCCAUAGCUGGUUAGCAUUGCUGAGAUUCAAACCUGGGUCUCUUUGGUGGUGGUUAGUGUAAUAGAUAGCUGCACAACCGAAAUGUCCUUUUGGUGCCAUCACAGUACAGUGCAAAUGACGGAUUGUGGCUUGUCCUUCUUCGGACCACUGUUGGUUGCCUAUGAGUUCCUCUCAAGUAACUUCAGCCCAGUGAUAUGGGCAUAAUGAUUUGGCCCUUUGUAAAGUUACUCAGGUGUUUAUGCUGAUCAUAUUUGCUUCAUUCAACACGUGAACUACGAGUAACUACCCACAGCCCAACAUUUACUGUAUCCCUGACCGUGCUCUGCACAAUUGUUAUGAAAUAGAAAUUGCCUUGCACAUUUUUGGUGGAUGGUGAAAACCAAUGCUUUGGCUGAUUGGUUUAUAUACGGACGGCUCAAGAUUUGGAGCAUUUAAAUGAAUUUUGGCACUGAAUACAGUUUUUAGGACUUUUAUAUGGUUUUACCAACUGUGUCAUGUUGAAAGCAGUACUGUGUUUUACUGUGUCAAAUCUAAUUCAAAAUACUGUGAAUCCUGAGGUUAAAAGUCCUAGAAUUACAGUAAAACUGGGACUUUGUCUAAAUGCUAGUUAGUCUUUUUUAUUAUACAUUACAUAUCUUAAUGUUUAGUUGCUGUUUCAUCACAACUAAAUGUUACAGAAGAGAAAAUACACCUACAGUUUUUCACAACAGUAGAAGGUUUUUUGCUGUUUGGAACUAAUGGUUGAAAGCGCACAGUAGGUUAUCCAUUUAAAACUGUUAUAGUGCAUUUCAAAGGAUGUUUUAUGUAAAAGAGAAUCACACCAUCUCAGUAGUGCAAGGAGAAGAUUUCUGUAAAAGAAUGGGUCUACUUACUCUGACAUGAAAUAGAAGUCUGAGUAUAAAUACAUAACUUAAGAUUAAAAAUCUAUAUUAGAAUUAGAAAAAUGAAAUUCUGGCCGCUCGGGUGGCGCAGCGGUAAAAACACAUGCUGGACACAUGAACAACGAUUGGCCUGUUGUUCAGAUAUGGGCGGGACUAAGCCAGAUGGGGUCUCUCUCUCUCAUGACUGGUGCAAUUACGACCUCUGCUGGCUGAUGGAUGCCGCCUGCACAGAGAUGAGAAAAGAGUGCUCUCAGGGUGUUUCUCUCCGUACUCAACACUGAGCUGCACUGCACUCGCCAAAGUGUAGGUGAUCAGAUGCAUACGGCAUGCUGCCCACAUGUCAGAGGGGGCGUGGAUUAGCUUCGUUCUCAGGGAUCGGCAUUAGUGGAGAGGAAGCACGAUGCAAUCGGGCAAUUGGACAAGUUAAAAAGGGGAGAAAAUGCAUAAACAAAAUAUAUAUAUUAAAAAAAUGAAAUUAUCUUUCUAUUUCUUUAAUGUACUUACAUUUCAAAACUAAUGCCACGUGUGCCUCCAGUACAUUCUUUGACCAGUUUUAUUUAUUGGCACUAUGAAAACCUAGUGCUGCCUAGCAAAGCCACCAAGUUUACAGAAACUUCUAGGUUUAAAUUUGAGUGAAGACUUUGUUCUCCACUCAUUAUCACUGUUCUUUACUUUUUUCCACACAAACACUUCAUAUAAAACAAUACCAACCGGUGUGAUGUGUCACUAAAGGGCAUUUUUGUAAUUUACUGUAGAUUUGUAAAAGGAACUUUUUAAACGUGAUAAUUUUGACUUUCUAAUAUAUUAAUAUGUAUUUUAAUUUAUUUUUUCCACCGUACUUGUAUUGACCCUUGCACUGUUAUAGCACAUAGCAGUGACCAGUGUUACUGAAGCCACGUCUCAAAUAGUGUACUAAUGCAUAUUUUUAGUACAGGUGAUGUAUUCACCCUUAACAAGGUGCAGUCUACUUCUGACACUUGAUGUAAAUUGGGAUAUACAGGCUGAACAUUUUGGAAUUUUAUUGGAUGGAGUUCUGGCCUGGUGUAGUGGACGUCAGGUAAAGCACAUUAAUUUGUAAUUUAAUAUUGAUACAAGAUGGUCAGCUGGACUAAAAAUACAAUGCACAGUACUCGAUUUGAGACUGAGACUUACGUAGUGUUUUUCCUGUUAUGUACAAAUAUGUAUUUUGUAUAAUUUGCAUGUGAUCAAUUCAAAAUGAAAUUUUGAUGCAAAUAAAAUGGUGGAUUUAA